GUGUACAAUUACAUAGGUGAGGGUUUUGGUCGGGGGCAGGGAAACUCUAAACAAAUUUGCAGAAGCCUGUGAGAAAGGCAGCGAGUGUUAAACUGCAUUAGGGGAGAUCGGGUAGCAGUGAUUGUUGAGUGAAAUAUAAGACUAGAAAGAAGUUACAGAAAAAGAGAAAGGAAGUAUAGUGCACUUAGAAAGGGAGGGGUACAGUGUCUUUUUGCUUGUUUAGAAGUCGCAUCUGGGUCUUUCUCUGGUCAAACUGCUUUGGUCUCUACGGCCAGCAGAUUGCAAGAACACAUUGAUAACACGGACAAAACCAUGAGGACUAAAACCCAGGUUCCUGAGGAAAACACGACACCCUUAAACCCACCAAAGCCAGAGCCUGCAAAACGCACAAAACUCAUGACUGCCCCAAAGACUCAGAAGCCUAAAGGGCCGAACAAGAAGAAGAUCAUCAUUACAGUCCUGAUGGUGGUGGUCGUUCUGGCAAUUUUGGCUGUGGCCGCUUUCCUCAUCAAGCAGUUGAUCGACAGCAAGUAUUUCUUCUGCACAAAAUCAUGGAAGUUCAUCCCGCUGGAGAAGGUGUGCGAUGGGAAAAAUGACUGUAGUGAAGCCGAAGAUGAGUCUGCCUGUGUCACCAUGUUUAAACCCAACACCACCUUCCCCUUACGGCUGUACUCUGCCAAUAAUGUGCUUCAGGUGUUGAGUCCUAGUGAUAACACAUGGAAAAGUGUGUGUUCAGAGAGUUUCACCCAGCAACAUGCUGAGACCGCCUGUCAGCUGCUGGGAUAUUCAGUUUCUCCAGUUUUCAGCAGCAUCGCAGUGGGUCCUUUGCCGUCUGAUCUGAAGAUAUCUUUCUGCAUGGUGGGCACAACCAAACCACAGACUUUCCAAUCCGCUGUGUCAGAUCGUAAGGUAUGCAGUACAGGAACUGUCAUCUCAUUAUCAUGCUCUGCAGACUGUGGUUUGUCCAGAAACCAGGACCGGAUUGUUGGUGGAAAGGAUGCUGACAUUGCGAACUGGCCCUGGCAGGUCAGCUUGCAGUAUAGCGGCCAGCAUACAUGCGGAGGAUCACUGGUGACUCCAAACUGGGUGGUCACUGCGGCCCACUGUUUCAAUGGGGAUGGCAGGAAAGCUCUGAGCCGGUGGACCGUCGUCUCAGGAAUUACGUAUCUGAGUUCUACUCCAUCUUCAUAUGUGAAAGAAAUCAUCGUUAACAGCAAUUACAAACCAGCAGAAAGUGACUUUGACAUUACUAUGAUCAAACUUCAGUCUCCAAUCACUUUGUCAGAAUCACGUAGACCAGUGUGUUUACCUCCUCAAAACCUCGGUCUGAAAGGAGGAGACGGUUUAGUUGUCACCGGCUGGGGUCAUAUGGCAGAAAAAGGAGGAAGCUUGUCUUCAAUGUUGCAGAAGGCUCAGAUUCAGGUUAUAGACAGUGCCCAGUGCUCCAGUCCAACAGUGUACGGCUCAUCCAUCACUCCCAGGAUGAUCUGCGCUGGUGUUAUGGCUGGAGGAGUGGAUGCUUGCCAGGGUGAUAGCGGUGGUCCACUGGUGCAUUUGGCUGACCGCUGGGUGCUGGUUGGAGUAGUCAGCUGGGGUGUAGGUUGUGCCAGACCAGGUUUUCCUGGUGUUUACACCAAUGUGGACCAGAUGCUUGACUGGGCCCAUUCAGUAAUGCAGACAUAUAAGUGAGUUUGUGAUGGGAACAACUGAGAGGAAAGAAUAUUUAAGACAUACUUCAGGAAUUUUGUUAAGGAGUCGCUGGAAGAGUUUUUGGUCCUCAUGCUCAGGGUCUUCAAGGUGCCAUAAAAAAGAUUUUGCACAUAUAUGUACAUAAUAAAAACAUGUGAACUACCACUUUAUUUGGGAACACAGCAAUGCAAUCUUAAAGUAACAGUACUAACAGUUCUAAGUAACAGUACAGUUUUUGUCUUCUAUGAUACCUAAAAGGAUAUGUUUUGAAGAAUGUUUGCUCUGCUCUUCUGCAUCCAAUGAAAGCUGAUGGAAAGCACGCUCUUAAAAAUGAAGCCAUUUUUGCUUCCCCAAAGUCAUUCACUAAAUAGUUCUCAGUUUCCUAUGAAGAACUUUAUUUAUUUUCACUGUAAAAAGCCUUUUGUUGAAUGGAGGGAUUCCACGCAAGUUUAAAGGCAUUUCAUGGAACCACAGACAAUAAUGAAGCUUUAUUUUUGUAGAAAUAUUUUAUUUUCCUUUCAUUGUAUAGCAAAGAGCAGCUUGGACAUUCCUGUAUUUUCAGCAGGAGGGUGAAAAUAAUGUGUUUUUGAGGUACUGUUACUUUUAAUGAGCGACGUCUAAUGCACGUUGAAACUACAGCCACAAGAGGGUGCUGGUACUUGUUUUUUUUUUAUUAUUGUUUUUUUUUUUAAGAACGUUUGUACUUUUACUGUCCUAACGACUUUUAUCUGAGUGCCAUGUCGUUGUAAUCUUGAAUUCUUCUGUGUGAUAUUAUAAAUGAAAUGACAAGUUAUGGACUUAUUACAGAAGCCAACUCUUGUGUGCACAGGCCAACAUUACAGGAUGAAUGCGACAUGGAUGUCACACUUUUCCAUUUCCAGUUUGGCAUUUAGAGUUUUACGUCAUUUGGCUUUUGAUAUUUAAAGCUUAUUUAAACUGUAGGCUACACAAACGCGUCAUGUAACUUGUUAACUUAUGACUGUUGGUUUUGGAUUUUGGAUAUGAAUGGGGCUUGGUUGACAUUCGAUUAGUGUCAUACAUCAGUUUUAACUGAAUUGACACAUUGUUAAAUAUGUUGCUUUGUAAAUAAUGUACAUACUUGUGUAUGCCAUGUCUGUUUUAAUAAAGUAAAAUGUUGUUAACCCA